GUAGACGCAAACCAUAUAAAAAGUACGUGAAAGAAGCGCGGGCGCAUCACGUACGUUCCUUCAAUCGCAGAAACGUGUACGCCUCUGAAACCCUAAGCCGCAUCGCCCAUCAUUCUGCUGCGAAACAGGCUAUAAUUUAUCUUGCCUCCAUCUUCCGGGUCCGGGUCGGGCUCGGCAUUGAAGAGGAAAACCGGUAGCUUUUUGGCGCAGGGCAGUGGAGUCAGGAGUGGACACGUUGGUUGGACAUAAAGUUUUUUGGAGGACACUAAAACCCCUAAACUGCUCUUUUCCCCUCUCCUCUCCUCUCAUCUCCUCUCUCUCGGUGGGAUAUUUUUUGGCUGUUUCCAUAUAUUUUAUAUUGUCGUUUCCAAAUCACGGAAUGCUUGAUUUUCCCCUAAGGAAUGUGAUCGGAGAUUGCUAGGGUUUCUGAUAUUGUCUACUUCAUCGUCUAUUUGUGCGACGGAUUGAUCUUUUGUUUAAAUGGUGGUACAGGCUGGGUUGUUUUCGCUUUUCGGAACCGGCGAUUUGAUAUGCGAGCGUUGAAGGACAUCUGGGGCUCUGAAGUUUUUGGUUGUCUGGACUCGUUGAUAAGAACUGUUGAUUAAUUUGUUUUGAUGAGGAAGAAAAGGAAAGGAAGCGAGGCUGACGCACCUUCAAAUCUAAAAGAAAAUGUGACAGAAACUCAUGAUUCGCGAUCCUCUAAACUUAAGUCUCACUAUUCGCUUGAAGAUUACACGAGGUUGAAUAAAAGGUGCAAGGAAGAUGUGGGUAUCGAACCAGUUCUUUCCUGUAAGAGUAGGUUUGCAGGCAUAGCUACAGCUCCACCUAGUGGAAGUUCGUCUCUGAUUCUUCCUGGUAGAGGUUUGAAAAGGAAGAUCGGGUGCAUAGAUGUGGCUACCCAAAUUGGUCGGAAACAUAACAUUGAAAACGAUUAUGUUUCAGGUGAGACCAUCGGGCAUGGAAAAUUUGGUUCAGUUUGGCUUUGUAAAUGUAGGGUCAGUGGAGCCGAGUAUGCUUGCAAGACCCUGAAAAAGGGAGAAGAGACUGUUCAUAGGGAGGUGGAGAUAAUGCAGCACUUAUCUGGCCACCCAGGUGUCGUGACAUUGCUGGCUGUGUACGAGGAGGCAGAAUGUUUUCAUCUUGUUAUGGAGCUGUGUCGCGGAGGCCGGUUGGUUGAUCAGAUGGUGAGUGAAGGUCAAUAUUCAGAGCAUCGAGCAGCUAAUAUACUCAAGGAAGUGAUGUUGGUUAUAAAGUAUUGUCAUGAUAUGGGGGUUGUACAUAGAGACAUAAAGCCUGAAAAUAUUCUUCUCACAACAUCCGGAAGGAUAAAGCUUGCAGAUUUCGGUCUUGCCACUAGGAUUUCAUAUGGUCAGAGUUUAACCGGUUUGGCUGGAAGCCCAGCUUAUGUAGCCCCCGAAGUGUUGUCUGGAAAGUACUCUGAAAAGGUGGAUAUUUGGAGUGCUGGUGUGCUCCUCCAUGUUCUUUUGGUUGGUGUUCUUCCUUUCCAAGGAGAUUCAUUAGAAUCAGUUUUUGAAGCAAUAAAGAAUGCCAAGCUCAACUUCCACUCAGGGAUGUGGGAAUCCAUAUCCAAGCCCGCCCGUGAUCUGAUUGGGAGAAUGCUGACGAGAGAUAUUUCAGCUAGGGUAACAGCAGAAGAAGUUUUAAGGCAUCCCUGGAUAUUGUUUUACACCGAGCGCACGUUCAAGACGCUCCCCAUCAAACUGAAACUGAAGAAUCAAGAAUCUUGCCAACAGUCCCCCAUUACCGCCAAAAUAAAGUCCGACAGAAACAGGAUUGAUAAUGCAGCUAAUGCUACCUCCUUCAAUAAAGUCUCUAAUGUUUCCUCAUCUGAAAGUUGCAAUGCCGAUGAUGUGGACGACUGCUUUCUGGUGGAUGCACUUGCAACGGCUAUUUCUCACGUGAGGAUUUCCGAGCCAAAGAGAAGUAGGCUGUGCGUUCCUACGGGCCCUAUCGAGCAGCACAGCUCCUCUAACAUGAAAGCUAACAAUCUCUGUAAAGCAUUUUGAUCCUGCUGACAGGCCAACAACGUCGACGGUAUUGUUCUCUCCUGUUUUUCUUUUUUUCCUGAGCUGGGGAACGAACUACUACUACUUACAGGUAACACAACCCGGAUGACAAUUCCUCCCAAGUAGCUAAGAUUUUAAAGCUAACGUCAAUCAAUCAAUCCACAGGAUGAAUCUUAUUAAUAUGCAGUAGCAGUAUGUGUUAGUCCAUGCCUGAGGUGCAUUAAAUCUGAUUAGUUGGUGUGUGUUCUUUGUGCUUUUAAGUCUAAUAAUUGUCUUAACAUGAACUGACAAAUUUGAUAUGUACAUAUUAUGUAAAUACAGUAAUGAAGAGAGUGCAUUUUGAUGUUC